ACUCUAAAAGCUAAACCUAAUUCCUUAUCCUGCUCACAUAAACUAUUUGAUUCAAUGGCAGCAGCAACACUCUUGUACGCGGCACCUAUCUAGGCAAUCCCAUACAGAGAUCUGGUGGAGAGAACUCAAACAGACUUUUACAAAAGACUUUUUGGUCUUCCACGGACUACAUCAGGAGCUUUAAUUAGAAGUGAGUUGGGGAUAACCCACCUAUCAUACAAAAUACUAAAUGCAGCGUGGAAUUGGAUAAUAAGAGUCUUAGAAAUGGAAGAAGACCGCCUACCGAAAGCCUGCCUUAAACGACAGUCUAGACUCUUAAUCGAUGGCAACUGUCAUAGCAAGUAUAACUGGCUCGCAAGCCUACUCAACGUUGUUAAGAUCAUAACACCGGAAUUGCUGCCUGACUUAAGCACUCUCAACCCCAGAACCUGGACAGCACACAAAACAACUUUUUUUGAUAAGUACAAAGCACAUUUAAUGCAAACUAAUAAACACCUGCAUGAAAAUGCGCACUACUUACAAAAUCCGUCAUCUAACACGGCGAAAAACUAUUUAAACGAAAGAAUUGCCUUUCAAGCAAUAAAACUCUUAUUGCAAUUGAGACUCGCUAGUAAAUAUUAUUGUCUGCUAACAAUUGACGGACAUCUUCACAAGUUCAACUUCAGCGAAAAUUGCCCAAUCUGCACCACUGGAGAGCCUAAUUCCAUUGAACAUCUGAUGAUUGGCUGCCCGAUUUACAAUCACUUACGAGAACAUCAUCUAUCGGUUUUUAACUCACCUCGGACUCUAACGUCUAUUUUAAAUGCAGACAAUAAAAAAUUAAUUAAAGCAAUAUUGUACUAUGUUAUCAAUAGCUGUCGUCUAAGGGCUUUCUGCCUCAAUGAGUGAACUAAUUAUUGUAAAAAGAAAAAAUUUUUUUUGGAUUCCUUUCAUGUAAACUA